UUUAGGCUCUUUGGCAGGCCAAGAAACAGGUUUAGGGUGCAGUGACCUGCUCUUCAUCUGUUAGUCAAUCCAUGCAUUCCUGAGCUACAAAUUCAUGAUGGGGGGGUACAUGCAUUCACAUGUAGCACUGGAGAACUGUAAGCAGACUUCGAAAUGCAACAACAGGAGCAAGAAACAGAAAAAACAGACACUUGGUAAUUUCCUAUUUAGGAAUCAUCCACAUCCUUAUGUGGGAUAUGAACACACACCUUCUAGCUUCUGGGCCUUCUGAAGAGAUAAAAACAGACAAAAAGAGGCAGCUAAGAAUGCACGGAUUGGGACACCCCUGUUUUACAAAAAUGUAUUCAUAAAUGAUGGCAGCAAAAAAUCUGGGUUCUAUGUAGUAUUGUGGCCACGAGGCGUCAGGAAUGUUCCAUGACAGAGACGUGACAUUAGAUUAGUGUCACACUGCAUGGACUCCACUGAUUACUUGUCGGACAGGCCCCAGUUUGUGCGGCUGAUACUGUGGUCAGUAGUGUGGGGGCACCGCAGGGGACUGUCCUGUCUCCAUUCCUGUUCACACACCUUUGCCACCUGCAGAAGUUCUCUGAUGACUCUGCAGUGGUUGAGUGUAUCGGCGAUGGACAGGAGUUGAAGUACAGGACAGUGAUUGUGGACUUUGUGGAGUGGCCCCAGGCAAAAGACCCGCUCCUGAAUGUGGACAAGACCAAGAGCUGGUGAUCGACUUCAGGAGGAGGAUGACUCCAGUGGAGCCCAUCGCCAUUCAGGCCCAGGAGGUGGCAGUAGUGGACCACUGCAGGUACUUGGGAGUCCACAUGAACAGCAGACUGGACUGGAAGGACAACAGCAAUGCUGUCUACAAGAUGAGCAUGAGCAGACUCUACUUCCUGAGGAAGCUGAGGUCCUUCAGUGUGUGCAGCAGGCUGCUGGAGAUCUUCUACCAGUCUGUGGUAGCCAGUGCCCUGUACUUUGCUGUGGUUUGUUGGGGGAACAGAACCAACAAAAAGGGCUUAAACCGGAUGUACCAACUGAUCUGGAAAGCCGAACACGUUAUCGGCACUCAGUUGGAGACGUUUGUAACGGGGAGAGACAGGAGGACAAUGGACACACUGCUCUCCAUAUGGACAACUCCACCCACCCACUCCAUCAGGCUCAUUCUCCAACAGAUGCUCCAGUUCCGUUCCCACAGUGAACGCUACAGGACUUGAUUCAUUCCACACCCCUUCCAGCUGUACAAUACCUCACCUGUGAGGAAAAGAUCAUUCACAACAUUACCGUACUGUCUGCCCCCCCUCAUAUAAAGUGUUCAUUUACUUGCAUUUGCCAUAUUUCUGCACACUAUUUGUAAAUAUGCAAAGCUUGUUGAUCUUCCAUCCAUCCAUCCAUUUUCUUCCGCUUAUCCGGGUGCAGGUCGUGGGGGCAGCAUGUCCUAGGUCUGCCCCGGGGCCUUCUCCUGGCUGGGCAUGCCUGGAACACCUCACCAGGGGGGCGUGCAGGAGACAUCUGGACUAGAUGCCUGAGCCACCUCAGCUGGCUCCUCUCCAUGUGAAGGAGCAGCUGCUCUACUCUUAACUCCUCCCAGAUGACCCAACUCGACUUUUGGGGUUUACAUUUGUUGCUAAUUUGGUCACUGGUCUAAAGCUCAUGUCCAUGGGUGGGAGGACAUCAGUGGGCCAGUCCAGCAACCACAUUACUGCAGACGCUGUGCCCAUUCACCUGUCCAUUUCACGCCCCCCUACCUCGUGAACAAGAUCUUGAGCUUCCUAAACUCUUCUACCCGGUCCAAGACCUCAACCCCAACCCUUUCCCCACCGACAGCCACGGCCUCACACGUGUACUUUUGCUUCAGCGCUGAUGGGCCUGCAUGAAGGCUAACAAGUCUGAAUCUGCCUCCUCUGCACCACCAACUUCCCAACACGUCACAUUCCAGCUUCCAGGGGAAGCCGCGGGUUUGAGUCCUGAAAGGGGAGAGGUGGUGAGAAGGUAUGAAGAAGAAGAGGAGGAAGAAAAAGAAGAGGAGGAAACGUGAAGCAGACAGAAGAGGACAAAGACAAGGUGACAUCAUGAGGGUUCAACUUUGCUGCCUGCUGAUUACAGGCGCUGCAGGAUUGAUCAGCCCGUACAUAAGUCACUACGAGGGGAUAUCAUACGACAAGGACGAUCUCCACAGGAAGCACCUACGAGCCCGGAGAGCCGCACAACCUGAGAGACACACGCUGGAGUUGGACUUUACUGCUUUUCACAGAACUUUCCGCUUGCGCCUGAGACGAGACUCUCAGGAGUUCUCAGACAACUUUGAGGUGAUCAGCGAAGACGGAGCCGCAGCGCCCGACCUCUCGCACUUAUACUCAGGCACACUGGAAGGGGAAGGUGGCUCGGCGUGUCACGGAUCUGUGUUACAGGGCCAGUUUGAAGGAACCAUCCGCACGCUCAACACCACGUAUCACGUGGAAGCGGCCCACAGAUACAACAUCAGCAACGGCAUCCAUCACCACUCCAUCAUCUAUCGUGAAGAUGACAUGGUCCUGCCAACUAUGCAAACUGGACUUGGUUCUGGAUUCUGUGGUGUAGAACAUCUAAAUGUACUUGCCCAAAGCCUAAAACCCCAUGAGGAGGCAGCAGUGAGCCGGGGGAGGAGAACGGCGGAGGAGGCCAAGAUCACCUGCUUGCUGCACCUCACUGCCGACCACCUCUACUUCAAGAAGUUCAAGUCGCUGAAAGCAGUUGUUGCUCAGGUGUCUUCAUACAUGCGUGCUGUCAAUGACGUAUACGACAAGGUGGACUUUGAUGGCAUCAAGCUGGUCCACUUUCAAGUGAAGUCCCUCACUGUGAUGACGGAGGAGAACAAAGAGGAUCCUCUGCAUCCUCUCUACAUUGGACCAGAGAGGCUGCUGAGUCUCUACUCGGAAAACAACUGGGGCAACUUCUGCCUGUCGUACCUGCUCACCAACCGAGAUUACAGCGGAGUACUGGGCCUUGCCUGGGAGGGCAAGCCUGGUAACUGGGGAGGGAUCUGUUCAAAAUACACCACCCUGCGUAACGGCCGUCAGUCCACCCUGAACACAGGCCUGGUCACCAUUCAGAACUACGGACAGUUCCUUCCACCCCGCCACGUCCAGCUGACCCUAGCUCACGAACUCGGACACAGUCUCGGCUCUCCGCACGAUGAAGGCCCAAAUUGUGGCAACCUGGGCUCGCCUGGUGGAAAGGGCAGGUACCUGAUGUUUCCUCACGCCACAGACGAGGUGCGUGAAAACAACGACAAACUGUCCACCUGCAGCAUCCGACGCAUCAGUGAGCUCCUGCGUGUCAAGAAGGACGACUGCUUUGUGGUCAGCGAUCAGCCAAUAUGUGGCAACCAGAUGGUGGAGGAAGGAGAGGAGUGCGAUGUGGGUCACAAUGACACUGACCUCUGCUGCUACAGCGCUAAAGAGGCCGUAGGGGUCCAAUGCCGCCUCAAGCCUGGCAAAAUCUGCAGUCCCAGUCAAGGUCUUUGCUGCAGUCAGGACUGCAGCUUUAAGUCCAAGGAUGAAGUCUGUGAUGAAGAGACCGACUGCCAGAAGGAGACUGUUUGUUCAGGUGUUUCGUCUCUGUGCCCAGAGCCAAACCCCAAGGAAAACCUCACCGUCUGCAGUCACGGGACACGCGUCUGCCUGAACGGGGUCUGUGCUGAGUCUGUAUGCGUGAAACACAAGUUGGAGCAGUGCGACUGUCCUGGUGACUCCAAGAAGGAGAAAUGCCACAUGUGCUGCCAGCAGCCCGGUAAGCCUGGGACAUGUGCAAGCACCACCUCCUCCGUGUUGUCCCGUCACUUCCAGAGAAAGGUCUUGCCCCUGGUGGGCGGGGCACCGUGCAUGGGCAACCAGGGCUACUGUGACAAAUUCCACCUUUGCCGUCUGCUGGACGCGGACGGCCCCAUCGCCAGACUGAAGAACUCCUUCCUUCAUCUGGACGAAUUCGAGGACCUGGGAGAGUGGAUGAAGGCUCACUGGUGGGCCUUCAUGCUGGCCAUCCUGACGCUGUGUGCUAUCAUGGGCUGCACCGUCUGCCUCUGUGGACAAACUCUGGAUACCAGAAACCUGGGAUGACUCACCUUUCAGAUGGGCAGCAUGGAGUGUUUUUGUUUCAGCUUGUUAGGUCGCCAUGGUGACGUCCAGAAAGACGUGGAGUUGAACUGUGGAUGUGUGAGUGAUGACAUUUCACCUCAGCUUCCAAUUUGCAGAAAAAGAAAACAUGUGAACACUUUAAUGUCAGGGGAAAAAUUAAUAUCCUGAAUCCUAAAUAUUCGGAUGUUGACUACCACCAGACUACCACCACAUGCAUUCAGAGACCCUCGGAAAAUCGCCUCUUUAUGGUCUAAAUAUUCUGGUCUAAAUAAAGAGAAAGACAAAGCAAACAGUAAGGUGAUAUUCCUUCCAUUCAAUAAUAAGAAUGCUCACUAAUCCCAGACAAUACACCCACACCCCAAACGUGCAAAUUCAUCUGAAGCUAUGUGUGUCUUUGAACACAACUCUUCCUGGCUCAUAACAUGCUUGGAGUGUGAUUCAAAUGUCGUGCUAUUUUUAAAGGUACGUGUGCCAUCUUUUAGCGAGGGUACAAUGUUCAGGUCAUUUGUUCUUGGUCAUUUGGUCAUCUGUUCUUGCAAAUAUACAGUAUAUACAUGAUUGUCCCUUCCUUCAUAGAGUACAGUAAAAAUAUAUAGUACAGUAUAUACAGUACAUGAUUGUCCCUUCCUUCAUAAAAUGGACAAAUUUCACUCAUAGUUGCAAAUGGUGGUUAACCAUGAUUGAUUCAUUUGAUUCAAAUGUGUAAUGAUUGGAUGGCCCGAGAUGGAAUGCUUUGAAGCGUGAGGCAAACGUGUCAGUAUGCUUGAAAAGCGUACAGUGUACCAUGUUGGCAGGACUGGAUAAAACAUGUCGUCAUAGAAUGUCAUUUUGGUGCAGAACAAGGUCAAAGCAGUCGGGAAAGGUCAUUUCAGGGAUUUAUUCAAGCAUCUUUUGACUGCAAAUCAAACCAAAUCAGCUCAUGAAUGCCCUCAGCAGCUGGCAUCAAGUUGGAUUCUGCAGCCAUCCAAUCACAAACGAUAUAUAUUACAGCUUCAUAUACAAAUAUAGAAAUGUACAUUCAAUAAAUACAACAUGGCACAUUUGGGAGGUGUACCUGGCUAGUGUGGGGGCCAGUGCAUUCCACUUGGCAUACCAUGUCAUGUUUGCAGCCAUCUUGCGUGUUAGGCUGGGCUAAGCUAACCAGGGAUUCAGUGCGUCCCUGCCAUGCUGCAUCAGCGUAACAUUUCACAAAGUCUGCAGGGGUGCAGGAGAAAGCGUUUUAAAGUGACCUGUGACGCAAACGCAAUCAAGGCUUCAUGACAUAAACACAAUUAAUUAUCCAAAAUAUAUAACACUGAUUUUUUUUCAAAACAAACGUGGUGUUUACAAGACCAAUGUGAUUCUCAGCAGACAGUCAAUUCUUCUUUGGUCCGGGUAGU